AUGCAAACUGUCAUACGUUCCGAUAUGGAUCGAAAGAAAACAUACAACGUUUCUGAACGACGUUUGCAAGAAAAUAUUAAUGGACCAAGAGGAUUAAAUUGGCAAUGUGGAUUACAGUUGCAACGUUUACGACGCGAUGAACGCGGGAUAGAACGUGAAUUACUUCGCUUAAAAUUAGGUAUGGAUAAACCUCUCACAAGUCCACGCCCGUGUAGAGUAAAGAAGACUUCAUCGGUCGUUGUUACAACAUCUUCAUUUGAAACAGCAAAAAUUACUCGUUCCCAAUAG